AUGUCUAGCGAGGAAGUUACAAAUAACAACAACGUUGCUGCUGCCACUACUGCUCCUAAGGCACCUGUGGAUCCAGAAACUACCAUUUUCGUUGGUAACGUAGCCUCAGGUGUUACCGAAGAUGACUUGAAGAAGGUUUUCCAAGAGGAAUUCGGUGACAAGGUAGAGGUUGAAAUCCCAGCUCCUGCAAAGACCACCAAGGGCAAGGUUCUACCACGUAGAUACGCUUUUGUUAAGUUCCCCCAAAAGAUUGAUGUGGAAGCAAUCAAAUCCAAAUAUGAUAAGACUGUGGUCAAUGAAAAGGGAAUCUUCAUCAGAAAGGCAUUGACUGAAGAAGAGCGUGAUACUCAAAGGAAGACAAAGAAGCAACAGCGUAGAAAUACCAAGAACGGUGCUAAGUUUCCAAAAUUCAGAACUGCUGUGUCAGCUCCACCAAACAAAGAAAAACCACCUUUGGAAGAAAUGGAAAGAUCUAAUGAUACUCUUUACGUUAACAACAUUCCUUACAGUGCAACUAAGGAACAAUUAGCUGAAUUCUUCGGUACUACCCCAGAAUUGAUAGUGUUACCAAUGAGAAGAAUGAGAAACACCAAGACUAACAAGGUCUUCUACUCUAAGAAGAUGAACAGAGGUAUUGCUUUCGUUACCUUUGAAAAUCUUCAAGUGGAUAUUAAGACGAAGGUUGAGGAAUUCCAAUCCAAGACCCUACAGGAUAGACCAAUCGUGGUUGACGUCGCUGCAUUGAGACAACAAACCAACGAUGAACAAAAACCAAGUGAUGAGCAAGAAAAGAAGGAUGAGGACAAAGAAGAAAAAUCCGAAUCUAAUUAG